AUGCCCGCGGUUGGCAAUGCCACUAUUUCGUCAAGCUUCCCGGGACUUGGAGCUCCCUAUUCUGUUGGCGUUGAGGAGCUGGUUACGUAUGUUGGUGACCCUGUUUCUCCUGCAACUCCUAGAUUCCCGGAAGCUUCGCAGAACAUACCAUGGCUUGUCAGCAAUGUCUCCGACCUGUCUGCCUGGGCGGACAAUGAGGCAGGCCGAUGGCUGGGAGUACACGUCUUCGCCCCUCAUUAUCGGCCAACUGUCGCUGCGGUGCGCUGUCUGCAUUUUCACGACGCCCAGCAUGUUAUUGACGCAAUCUUGGAUUUUGCGCCUGGGGGACCACCUGAGGUCGCCAUGACAUGUGUUCCCACACGCCCUCAGUGCAGCUCUGACGCCGGCAGCGUUCUGCGGUUCCCCACGUUUGUGCGCCUGCACCCUCUUGGCCCGCACGUUGCUGUGCUGCUUGACCUCCGCCUUGUGGGAGGUCAUCGGUUUGCGUGCAUUCUCCCCGCCCACUUCACGCUGCAUACAUUGCUGGCAUUUGCGGAGAGCAUGGCCUCCUUUUCGGAACAGGGCUUACUUGUCUAUGUAGGGGCUACUAUCUCCCCUCACAGGCAGGACUCGUUGCGCUUACGUGACGGGGAUGUGCUUCUGUUUGCGCGGACUUCCCUGGACCGACGCACUUCUGCGAGCUUGGAGGGCCUUCUUGCGCACCCUUCGCGCUGGAUGUCUCCUGCUGAUUUGCGCGUGGCGUCAGCCACUGAGGGGCUCCUGGUGCAGUACUUGCAGGAGCGUUUCUUUAUGCCACCGCAUCAUCAUAGCGGCCAGGACGCGGUCACGGCCGUUUGCGGCGCGUACGAUGUCCAGCCUUCCGAAUGUGUCACUUGCGCAUUUUGCACUGGGGACCUGGAAUUCCGGGGCAACGCGUGCUCGCAUGUACUGGGCCUUUUUACCCUUCCCUUGGCACACCUCAACGCUCCUCCCAAUGAAAGAAGGCGCGAUUUUGUGGUUUUGUGCGACUUUCGUCCGGUUGGGUAUAGCCCUAGGGCGGCACUGGUGCAUGUGCCCAUACUACAUCUUCCGUCCAUUGCCGCGUUGUUCGGUAUUCGAGUACCUUCGGGCUAUCGGCUGCGCUCGUUGAAUGGUACUCAAGCUGGAGAUGAAGUUGAAUUUGUUGGCCACCAGGUGCUUACCUUCGUCUUUGAAGAAUGCCCUGAUACGGAAGCCCGCGUCGAGGCAUAUGUGACGCUCGAUGACCUUGUGGAUGGGUCGCCACCUUACCAUGAUGUGCCGGUCCAUUUUCGUGCCAGUGACCGCUCCCAGGCCUCCGCAGCAGGUCGUAGAGGUUCACAGGAGGUGCACAGGUCUAGGUCGAGACGUGGCAGGUCCACUACGCAUCCGUUCCCUGAGAGAGCGGGUGCAAAGCCUGGGCUUGCCCGCCAGCACUUCCCCCAUGCCGACGGACUAGAUAGGCUGCAAAGUAAGGCGUUUAUGUGGAGUUGUGGUUUGCAACAAGAUGUCCUUGAGGAGGGCGCCCAUGACUUCACCCCUAUCUGCCCUGCCAGUCAAGCCUGUCCCCUUGGGCCCUGGUUCACGUCGUUUGCGUGGCCAGUUAAGCUCGCUAGCUCGUCGAUCGUGGGGCUCUGCCAGGUGUACAAGUUGCUCACUGAGCCAGAGUCCAACUCUCUCCCUUCACGGGACAGGGUUGAAGCUGCUCGGGACUUCGUCGAGGGCGAAGGUAGGGUCUGGCCGUUCCUGCCUGCGCACGAUCCGCAUGCCUUGCAACGUAUUGCAGAACGUGCGGAAGAGGAAGCCCAGACGCUUGACUCUGAAGAAGCGGCUGAGUUCACCAUGUGCCUGUUGACCCCGGGUUAUCUCAUGGAGGAGGUUGUCAUUGCCCUUGUUCCCCCGGCAGAGGUCCCUGACGCGCUGCAGUUGACGCAGGACGCACGGGAUCCUGUCCGGAGGAGGCUUUUUCCUUCCUUGACGGUGGUUGACCCUCAACCCUCUCAAGGGUAUGGGGUCCUUAUCGCAUUGCCAGGCUGGGCCACCCCGGAGGUGGUGAUAUGCUUCUCACUCCUGGAUGUGGACGAACGUCUUUUUGCGGCAUCCGUGCCGGCAGUGGCUUCUCGCGAGCGCCUGCUUGCAAUUGCAGAUCUCUCACCGCCAGACCUCUAUGACGUCUACCUAGAGGGGUCUCCCACUCCGAUGCAAGUUGGGGAAGAGGCGCCAAUGGCGCUAGGGCUAUGCGUUUUCUGCAUGAACAGACACGAGCUCCCUGGCCCCUACUUUCACUUGCCGGAAACGUUGUUGACGUCGAUGGUUUGGGACGACAAUCCUGCACUUCCUUAUGGACCCGACGACGGUCACAUGUGCUAUGUCGGAGAGUGUUCUAUGCGUAGGGUCCCCCUGCCAGCUGACAUGCCGCUCCCUGACAACAGCCAGGUCGCUGCGGCGUUCGGUAUUCAGCUCAGCAGUAUGCUUGUUCAGCCAGCCUCUCCCAUCACACGCGAUGUUACCAUGGAGGGCUACUACUGCUACAACGUAUGUGCUGCAUACUGUCCGGCAGCCGGGGAAACAAGUGACCGCUCCUGCAUUAUCCUGGUGGACUGCCGCGCCAUGUUGCAAGGAUGGCAGCUUGUCUUCUGUCCAGAGGGCAUGCUGACCCGAGCACAGCUUGUCGAGGACUUAUCUACUUUUGCUCCUGCCGGGUGGGAAGUACAUUUGGAGGGUCUUGCUGGUGCUGAUGACAUCUACGAUGUCACGCCAGGACAGGUUGUUUACGCCUCCUAUGUCUUAAUUCCGCAUCACUGGCAGCCUUACCCAGGCCAGGCCCUUGGCUCUGAGCAUGACGUUGAGCCGUCAAUUGGAGACUCCUCGGAUCCUGCCGGUAGCUCUAUGGAAUCUUCCUUGAGCUCGGACGGCAGUUCCUCGCAACACCCCCGCAGCCGCUCCCCUUACCGGGAUAGCACACACAUAGUGAGUGGAUCAAUUGCCGAAGUUCCUUUCGUUUUGCUCGGCCAGGAAUAUGCCCCUGAGCUCGUUGUCGUUCCUCUCUCGCCCAAUGCUGAUGUUGACCAGGUGCUGGAACAAGUGCAGGCUCGUCGCGACAUCACUUGUCGAGAGAGGUUCGGGCGCAUCGUGCCUGUGCACCCGCAACCGUCGGGUGCAUAUGCGUUGGCUGUUGUUCAGCCCCCUUGGAGCCAGGAGCUCCUUGUGGUUUUUGAUUGCCUGCGCGUCACCGAGGCGAUCUACUGCUGGGUUGCGUCGCCUGCCAUGACGCGGGCGGCUAUCCUUGCUGUUGUUGGCGUACCUAAUACAGGUGAGUUUGAGGUGUAUGCUCCGGACAGUGACCUUCCCAUGGGCCCUACCGAUGUUUGCCAGCUACAGACGGGGUCAUGUGUUUCCGUCAUUCCCAGCACGUGCCCGAUGUUCGUUGUUGCCCCGCUUGCUGACAUGCUGCUGUCAGGGGCAGGUUGGGACACCGAGGCGACCUUGCCGUGUGUGCCUGGAGAAUGGCUGCAUGUCCUAUCGGACACCGGGCCGGUCUCGCUGCAGCUUGCGGCCGGAACUCCUGAAGCCGUGCUGCCCGACGUUGCUGAAGCAAUCGGAUUGCCAGUUGAUCGUGCCUCUCUUCAGUUCGCGGCCCCGCCGCUGACGGAUUUCGCCGACGAAGGUCGGCUGGCCUGGAAUAUUGCAGCCGUGACCAGAACCGGUGCACUUCCCGAAAAUCCGGAGAGAUGCGUUUACUUCAUCGAUAUGCGAGCCAUCUUGUGCGGCCUUACAUGGGCAGCUACCCCGGACGGCACUGUCUCUGUUGCUUUGAUCCGAGAGCAGUGCGGACGGGCGGCUGCCGGCGGUCGCCUUGUUGAAAUCAUUGGCGGCCGUCCUUUUCAUGGACGUGAGGACAUCGUUUGGGUUUGGCCUGGGGCUGUCCUUCGGGUUCACGUUGUGACUAGGACGAAUCGCAUCCAGACUCCAGCGGCCCCGGCCAGCUCCCUGAUCGAGGAUAUGGAUGUUGCCGAGGCUGAUGACUCCGCCACGUCUGCAGCUGGACCCUCGGGAAUGAUGAAUGAUGCGCCACACGGUCAUACGCUCAUGGUUCUUGCUGCAUUUUUCAUGCUUGCCUUGUGCGUUGGCGCAGCUAAUCAGAACGCUUGUCUCGUCGCUUGCCUUCUCCACUGGCGGCGUUUCCGCCUUCCAGCGGUUGCCUGUCUGCUGGCGCUGUCGGCGGGAAUGCCUUGCGCUGAAUCUGUCCAGUUUCGCCCCUUCUCUGCAGGGUGUCUUGAAGGGGGCUCUUCGUCCGGGUGCGCCUUUCCUGACCGCCGAUGCCUUCCGACCCCUUGCCGUGCGAACGCGGGGCUUCCUCGUGUUCAUGGUGACCAUGGGGCUCCCAGUCUCACCUGCCUGGAUGACCUGGACCAAGGCGACGGAGCACUUUCGCUCGGGCUCAUCACUCUCCUUGAGGCGUGUGUCAGGGACACCGACGGCCGCCCUUUCUUCGAAGCCGCCGCUCUUGUUGAGACUUUGGUUGAGCAUUUUGCGGGUUUAGGUGACAGCCCUGCGUGUUUCCCGGACGCCCACUAUUCGCUCUCUUACGCGCAUACUGGUUCUGGCCAGCGUGUCGAGUUGAGUCUUGACAGCUUGAUUGGGCGUCCUGAGAUGAUGUCCAGGCCGAGCGCGCUUCCGGUCUCCGCGCCGAUGGCAAGUGAGGCCUGCAAUAAGGAGCCUCAGUUCUUUGACCUCACUCGCUCUGGCUGCUCCCUCCCUGGGGAACAGGGGCUGAUGCGGAGGUUCUUUGACAAGGUCGCCUUUUCCUCAUUGCUCACUACUCCUGUCGGGCUCGAGCGGUCAGGCCGUUUUGAUGCAUGGGUCCAGGCAGGCAUGGCCGGCAGGUCCCCAGGGCCCUCGGAGGAUCUGGUACUGACCUCUGAUGGAUCUUUCAAGGCUGAUUCCUCGUCGGCAGGAUGGGGCAUCGCCUUUAGUUUGCGGGGCUCCGAUCAGCUGCAAGAGGCUGGUCAGUUCGUAGGCUGUCUUUUCGGGUCGCUGGCCCCCUUCUCGCCAUUCGUAGGUCAUGCCCACUCUCCUGACGCCUACGACGCUGAGGUCGCUGGCCUCCUGUGGUGUGCGGUUGCUCUCGCACAAUUGCCGAUCCGAUGUCGGGUCGUGAUACGGGCCGAUAACGUGUCGGCGUUAUGGGGGGCGGCGGGCAUGUCACAGAUGCGAGCCUCCCCCUUUUGUGCAGCUGCACGAGCCUUGCAUGCCUCUGUGGGGAUCGUGCUCCAGGGACGGGUUAGUUAUGAGCACGUUCGCGGACAUUCGGGUGAGGUUUCCAACGAACUGGCCGAUGCACUGGCCGCCAUGGGGGCUUCUGGUCGUACCUCCACGCAUCCAUUCCGAUUCGAUGUUCAGGCCUUCCUGCGGGAGGAUGGCCUGGUCUCUCGCUGGCUGCCCCAUUUUGCCAUGUCCACUGCUCGUGCUCAUGAGCUUCCCCCUCUCCAUGACGGUGCUUUCUCGUGGGAAAGUACGCCAGGAGAGGCUGUGCAGACUCCCGGCUUCUCUAUGCGGCCUUUUCUCCGAGCCUUCCCCGAGCUCUCGGGGCAUUCAGGCUCUCAUGGCGGGACGAAGUGGAUACAGCUGUGCGUGGCCUCCUUCAAUGUCCUUUCCCUCGCCGAAUGUCAAAAGGAAAAAGAGGCUGGCCUUCACGGCUCCGCUGGGCGUCCUUCUCUUUUGCGUGACUCACUACAUUCCGUAGGGGUUCAUGUCGCUGGCCUCCAGGAGUGUCGCACGCCUGCGGCUACGAUGACAUGCGGUAGCUACUCGCGCUUUGCCUCUGGAUGCGACGAGAGCUCUUGCUUUGGCGUGGAGCUCUGGGUUAGCUCUGAAGGACCGUGCCCGCCCGAAUCUGUUGUUGUCCUUCACACUGCGCCUACCAUUCUCAUUGCCAGUGCUCGUCUAGGGCAGCAAGCUAUCCGGAUACUGGUGGGUCAUGCGCCGCAUCGUGGCCAUUCGACUGCUGCGCGAGCUGAGUGGUGGCGUGCCACUUCCCACCUGUGCCAUUCCUACUCGAAAGGUGUGCCUUGGAUCUUCCUGCUCGAUGGUAACUGCCGUAUCGGGAGCCGCGAGACCUCCGCGGUGGGUGCCUAUGAGGCGGACCCUGAGGAUGAUGCUGGCACUUUGCUUAACGAUCUUCUUGUCGGGUUUGAUAUGUGCAUCCCUGCCACUUUCGCCACUACCAUGUUUGGAGCUGGCGGAACCCUUUUCCAGAAGCGAACGGGUGAGCUGGAUAGAUCGGACUAUGCUUGUGUGCCCAGUAGCUGGCUGGAGGGCGGAUGCCAAGCAUGGGUUGAUCCUGGCAUCACAGCAGGUCAUGGAGGCUUGGACCACCUGGCUACUGUUUGUCGCUGCGCUGUCUCCCUGCUGAACGCUCCCGACUGUCGACCACGGGCGCAGCGGAUAGACGCACGGGCGCUGUCAGAUCCUGCCAAUACAACGCAGAUAGCCGACAUCAUAAAGGCUGCGCCCCGACCGACAUGGGCUACAGAGGUAAGUGAGCACGCUGCCAUUGUCGUGGACUACCUCUACACUUCCCUUGUUCGUUUCUUCCCCCAACAGCGCCGCCGGCUCAGGGCCUCGUAUUUCUCUGAAGAAACCCUGGCCCUACAUCAGGCAGUCGCCGACUUGCGCCAUGCUGUACGCUCACGCACACAGGCUCUCAGGUGCACAUAUAUCCGAUGCGCCUUUCUGGCGUGGCGAUCCGAGUCGGUUGACUUCUGCUCCUUGUUUCACGGCGGGUGGCUCUGGGAUCUCCGGGUCCGGCUGGGUCAUAACUGCAUGCUGCUCCGCAGAUUUGGACGCAGACUUCGGUACACCUGCAAAAACGACAAGGCUACGUACCUCGGAGCACUGUCGGACGAGGUGGCCAAGGCCCCCACGGCUGAGAUUCACCGCGCGGUUCAGAGGGUCUUGCGACCGCGGAAGUUUCGCAAGGCUGCCAAUGACCCCCUGCCCAGGCUUCUUAAAUCCGACGGAACUUUCUGCAGCACUUCGGCUGAAGUCGCGGAUACCUGGAGAGAUCACUUUCGAGUGUUGGAAGGGGGUGUGCUCGUUGAUGCGGCCGAUUUGGAAAGGAAGUGCCGCUCCUUUCAAUCCUCGGCUGACCGCCCCGACGUCUUGGAGGUCGCGGACAUGCCAUCAUGGACGGCGCUGGAGAGUGCAUUUCGGCACUCGGCUCCGAGGAAAGCCUCGGGACCCGAUUUGCUUCCACCAGCGAUUUGCAGAUCCUUCAGUGCUCCUUUGACGGAACUAUUCUGGCCCUUGUUGCUCAAGAGCGUCUGCUACGCUGCAGAGCCAGUGGGCAUGAAGGGAGGCGUAAUGUUCCAUAUUAAUAAGGGCAAACCGGGCUCGCAAAGUGACUGUGCCGCGCACAGGGGCAUUCUUGCCCAAUCAUGCCUGUCCAAGGUUUUCCACCGCUCUCUCCGCGGCUUGGUCGUCAACCACUGGUCUCGUCAUUCGAUGCCGCUCCAAAUCGGGGGGAAAUCGGGAUGUAGCGCGGCCUUCGGGCACCUGUGCUCCCGCUCUGUUCUGAGCUUUGCCAGAGCCUCCCAGAAGUCGGCUGGGCUGCUGUUCGUGGACCUGCAGUCCGCUUACUACGCUGUCAUCCGAGAAACAGUCUUGGGGGGAGGGCUGUCGGAACGCCCAUUGGUGGAGGUCGCGAGCGCUUUGGGAUUGGACUCUGAGGAUCUACAGAUCUUGAAGCACUACGCGGAGGAUGAGCCUGUCCUGCAGCAGCAGGAUGCCUGUCCUAUGCUGCUUGCCAUGGCUAGGGAGCUGCACAGGCAAACCUGGUUCGUGCUUGCCGGCGACUCUCAGUCUCACAUCGUUGAGACGCAGCGGGGAACCCGUCCCGGGGGUACCCUGGCAGACGUCCUUUUCAACGUGCUGUUUGCUAAGGUUUUGUCCAGGCGAAGGCAAGCAGGCAGCUCUCCCCUGUCUCCCCAGAUUCCUUGGAGCGGGGACCGUACUCCGUUUCCUGUGGAGUCACAGGCUCGUUCUCAGGUGCUUACGGUGACUGACAUGGCCCACGCUGACGAUCUGUGCACUCCUGUGAUUUGCGACAACGCGUCGCAUUUGCGCGGGGCUGUCUCAUCUAUGACCGCCGACACGAUGGAUGUCCUGACACCCCACGCUUUGCGCCCAAACCUGGGUCCGACGAAGACUGCUGCUGUGUUCGCGCCGGUGGGCAGGGGCUCGCGCGAGGCCCGGCGAGAAGCCUUCGUCUCUCUGAAAGGGCGGACCCCGGUCUGGCCUGACAGCAAAGGGCUUCUCUGGCUCGACCUGGUUCCACGUUACCGGCAUUUGGGGUCGAUAGUGACCCAUGAUUGCAAAAUGGGCCCAGAGAUUCGUCAUCGGCUCGCCCUGGCGUCCUCCGCCUUCCGGGAGGGAAAACGGAGGCUCUUUGCAUGCAAAGCUAUUCCUCUGCAGAAGCGAGCUGUACUAUUUCGUACCCAUGUUUUGUCGGUACUGUUGUCCGGUGCUGGCAGUUGGCCGAAGCUGUCCACGGGCGAGUGGCAGACUUUCCGCGGCGGCGUACUUGGUUUUUACAGACAGCUCUUGUGCCUACGCUCGACUGGCGAUUGGCGGCACACGGAAGCGCAAAUCUUCGCGGCAGUGGGGCUUCCGUCCGCUGGUGCCUUGUUGCAUGCGGAGCGCCUUCGUUUUUUGCGUCAGCUUGUCUGCAGUGCCCCCGAUCAUGUAUGGGCCUUGUUGAGCUGGUAUCGGCCUUUCCAAGAAGGCAUCCGAGAUGCGUGCCGCUGGUUGUACUCCCUCAUUGGGACCACUGUUCCGUUUGGGCCACUCGAGGACUGCUGGGGGGACUGGUCCGAGUUUAUCAAGUCGCGCCCGGGCCACUGGAAAGGUCUUAUUAGGCGUGCGGAGGCCAGCGACAUUGAGCGGAAUCUCCUGACAGCCGCCUAUGACAGGGCUGUUCGCGCGGCGUGGGAGCCUGUGGCCCCGCCCCCGGUGUCCCCAAUGGAGGGGAUGGAGCACGCCUGCCUUUUGUGUGGCCUUGCCUUCGCAUCACAGCAACAAUGGGGAGCCCAUGCCCAACGCAAGCACGGUUACCGCAACGCCGCUUCUAGGCUUGCGGUGGGACGCCGAUGCCUGGCCUGUGGAAUGCAGUACUCUUCUCAGGCUCGCCUGAAGAAUCAUCUGCUUGCGUCUGCGAAGUGCAGGCAUGCUCUCGAGGACUUCCCGCCUGCUGCGCCAGUCCCACCCAUCCUACAGGAUGGGCACGUUCAGGCUCCCUCGGUACAGGUAUCACGGCCUGGGAUACCCGUGAGCAAUCGUGAGGACUUCAGUCUGGGCCUGAUGCAGGAGCUUCGUCAACUCGUCGUGGCUGAUGACCAACAGAUCUACGACGUCGUUGCCUCUUUCGUUGAGCCUUUGCCCGUGCUCCGCCGCACCUUACAGUUGUGGGUUGAGACUCCCCUUCCUGACGCCCUGGCAUCUUCAGCUCAGGAUGUGCUUCUGGUGCUUAAGCCGGAUUUGGUUUGCUCACAGGUCCAAGGCAAGUUGCCGGUCGCGGCAGAGGUUCCUGCAUUUGACCCGCUGAUUGUUCCCACUCCCAGCCGAGGUCCUAUCACCGGAGGAACGGUCUGUGUCGUGGGACCGGUGGACCAUGCAUGGCUGGCAGCGUGGAAUCUCAUGGAUUUGCCCAGGGAUAGUCUGGAUUUGGCUGUUACUGGGUGCGUUCCUGAAUCAUGCUCGGGUCUGUGCGUCACUCUGCCGCCUGCUCCCCUAUGUGCAGAGAGCUUCUUGCGCCCGGCCUCCCUUCCGCUCAAAACUCUGCGCCUUGUCAAUGCUUGGACUUCCCGAUUCUUGGCCGCGCUACCGCAUGUGAUUCGCACUGCUUCUCGCGGCGUGCCCGUACUCCUCCGCGUUCCUGCUGGUAGAGCACAGUUUGAGCCCGUUUCCACCUGGCUCCUGCGCGCAUCCGCGACGAUUGAG